AUUGCCCCCCUUGUUGACACAUGUACAUCACAUCCUAGUUAUGUGAUAAUAAUAACAGUUGUAAGUCUGUGGUGCUGCUGCAUGAGCAAGGAAGGUGAAAAAGAAGCUGAUGCACUGAAAUACCAGUGUGUCAGGAGGACCUUCCUAAUGAAUUUACUGCUUUCAUGAAAAACUGUUCAUCUGAACUCAAAUAACUCACAGUGAGAAGGUUGUAGGUUAAAACUCCAGCUGUGGUCUUUCUGCGUGGAGUUAGCAUGUUCUCCACAUGGAUGCGUGGACUUAGCAUGUUCUCCUCAUGGAUGCUUGGAGUUAGCAUGUUCUACUCAUUGAUGCAUGAAGUUAGCAUGUUCUCAUGGAUGCGUGGAGUUAGCAUGUUCUCCUAAUGGAUGCAUGUAUUUAGAAUGUUUUCCUUAUGGGUGUGAGGAGUUAUGUUCUCCUCAUGGAUGCGUGGAGUUAGCAUGUUCUAUUCAUGGAUGCAUGAGGUUAGCAUGUUCUCAUGGAUGCAUGGAGUUAGGAUGUUCUCAUGGAUGUGUGGAGUUAGCAUCUUCUCCUCAUGGAUGUGUGGUCUUAGCAUGUUUUCCUAAUGGAUGUAUGGACUUUCUCUGGCUGCUCCAGUUUCCUCCCACAGACCAAAAACAUAUAUGUCAGGCUAAGUGGAGAAUCUAAAUAGUCCCGUGGUUUGACUGACUGAAUGUUUGUCUCUGUGAUGGACUAAAGACCUGUCCAUGGUGUCCCCCACCACUCACCUGGUGACUGCUGGAUCACCAGCUCCCUUUGACCUGACUAAGCAAUAAGAACAUUGAUGUAUAACCUUGUACCUUGAGAACACCAGAAACAGUUUUGUAUUAUGUCCACCGUGGUCGGGCAUUGAAGAAUCAAACAUGGCUGCAGAAACCAACCUCAGAUCAGGAUGAUAGAGAAAUGCUUCAUCGACUCUUUUUCAGUCUAACAGAUCCCUCCAGGACUCCACAUGAUAAUGUUAAGGCACUUGUCCCAAACCCAGGUGGAGAGCAGAAACCACCAGAAGCUGCAGCAGGAGACAACAGCGACCAUGAUUGACUUGAGCUUCCUAACAGAGGAGGAGCAGGAGAGCAUCCGGGCCGUACUGAAAAGAGACGCUGAUCUGAAGAGAGUGGAGGAGAAACGCAUUCAGAACCUUCAGAGCACUGUGGCUGACAAAAGACUGCUGAAGUACCUGACAGGAGAAUGGUUCUAUAAGGCCAAGCAGCAUCGCCAUCAGGACCGAAUCCAUGGCUCUGACAUCAUCAGAGCCUCCAUGAGAAAAACAAACAAGCCUUUGACUCUGUUGGAGCUCUGUAACAUGCCACCUGAGAGGUCCAGCUUUGUCAGCAGUGAAAACAGAGAUGUGAUCAUCCCGCCGGUUCUCUCUGGGAUCCUCGAGGUGCCCGAGGUCCGGACCGGCUCAGAUGGGUCUCAAGCCCAUUCAACUCAUGAAGCCAUUCACAGUCCUCAAAAAACAGUUUCCCCCUCAAAGUUAAGAAAUAAUCCGUUCAACCAGUUUAUGGAUGCAGAUGCUGAUAAAGACCUGAGGCCACAGGCAGAUGUUUCUGAGGUAUUUUAUUCUGAGCCACUAACUGCUGCUGUGUCCAGUUCUGUUACGGCUGAAAAGGAGUCCGAUCAGCCAGCUGAGCUGGAGACAGAACCUGAAGAGGACGAUCUCCACCAUGCCAAAGCUGGAAACACACCAGCUUCUUCAUUUACCAAGUCCUCACCUAACAAAAACUCAUCUCCUGAUCUCAAGGCCAGAAAACCCGAGGUGGGACUUUUGAUUGUCCCAGAGCAGAAUCCACCCAGUGAGGACCCACUUGUCUCUGAACAGGACAAUGAAGAAAUACACCAUAACUUUGGUUCUGAUGAGACUGUGGACACAACCAAAAUGACACCAUCCCAGUUUAAAGAAGUCAGAUCUCCACAGCUUUCUGCACUGCAGAACACUCCGUCUAAAGAAGCUCUGACCUCAUUAGGCUCAGAUGUGAAGACGAAUAAAUCAGUGAAUCAGGCAACUCUGUGUUCAGAGGGACCAUCUCAUGUGGAAGCAUCUUCACAGGAUAAAAACAGAGUUCAUCAAUUUAGGUUAACUGGAGAAAAAGCAAGCCAUGAAGAUGUUACCUUCACAGAAAUGGAUGAUCCUCUUGGCCCAAAGACUCUCUCUGGUGUCAGAAAGAACUCCAAUCAGCAAGAAUUAAGAGCGGAGGAGCCAUCACCAGAACAUGGUUUCUCCUCACAGGCUGAACACAAGUCACCUCUACCUAAAGACAACGGCACAUUCAGAGCUAACCUUGUCCUCAUCUGUGAGAAGACAGAUGGUCCUUCAGCAGGUUCAGAUCCAGGGUUAAGGGCUUCUGGAUCAAAGAAAGGCACAGUGUCUCCUGAACCAUGCCCAGCAGUUAUCCCAGUUCCUCCUCCCACAUCUGAAGAGGAAAGUCCAGGUAAGAUCAGUGAGCUCAGACAUUUCUGGGAAAGGAAAAAUACUCCAAUCAUCAUCAUCUCUAGAAGAGUGACGGAAGAGGCACAAACCAGUCCAGAUGAAACCAGUUUAAACCCCAAUGAGUCAUUAAAGGGGACAGACCUGAAUCAUGUCUAUCCAGAACAGUUAUGGUUCAGCACUGCUGGUAGUCCAGGAGGUCCACAACCGCCAUGUCACCAAGAGCACAUGAGAGCUGAUACCGGGUCAGACCGAAAGGAGCUCAGUCCUGAACAACCUCAAAGAUCAAAGGGCAAGGAUGAGAAAGUCAGGAGGAGUCCAUCAAAGACCUACAACCCAAAGGUCCUUCCUCUGGAAUCCUCAAGCACCAAAGGAUUCAGGCUGGAAGGGUCCCCUCUCAAAACCUUCCCAACAGACAUCGACCCCAAAGUCACGGAGCACAUGAAGCCAGCUACGGUUCCAGGAGUGAAGAGAAGUCCCGUUAAUGUUGGAGAGCAGACAGACCCAGACCCUAGACAAGAUCUCACCUCUCUUGUAAACACACAGAGAGGAUCAAACACCUCGGCUUUAGCAGAUUCCAAACAGGUUUCAGAAAAUUUAUCGGAAUCUUCUAUACAACUCACAAAAGCCCUCACCCCCCAGAAGGAUCUCAGGCAUCAGGGGAAGGUGCGUAGUCCUUCUCACCAAGACGAGGCAGCUGCUGAAGACAGACAACAAGGAGUCAGUGAAGAUGGAAACUCUGGCCUCUGGUCCCUCACUGGGACAGCGUCCCAGGACAACCCAGGCACUCACGGUGAAAUCUCCAGCCCCAAUUCAUCUGCACUCAAACGAUUAUCUUCAAGGAACAUGAUGUCAUCCAAAAGUCUAGAAGAACUCACCUCUCAGACAACCGCUUCGCUGCCUACGGUGAUGAAGACCAGUUUUUCUACGCUUGGCCUUCAAAAGAAGGAGAUGGACAGCGACAGCCUGCUUCAGAAAACUCCCAAUAGCUCCAUGUCCAACUUGAGUCUCUCUUCAGGAAUGGCCUCCUUAUCAUCUGUGAGCAGCAGCAUGACCAGCGUCCACACUAUAGACUCUGGAGGUGUCGAGGUCCAGGGGACCAUCCAGUUUGCAGUCAACUACAUCCAGAAGACUGGAGAACUUCAGAUCUUUGUGGUACUCUGCAGGGGUCUGGUCAUCGCUGACGUCAAAAAGAACCGUUCUGACCCGUAUGUGAAAUGUUACCUGCUUCCUGACAAAACACGCUUGGGCAAGAGGAAAAGUAGCGUUAGAAAGAAGACGGUAAACCCAACUUAUAACGAAAUCCUCAAAUUUAAGGUCACGAUGGAGGAGUUGAAAAAGCAAAAUCUCAACAUCUCCGUGUGGCACAAUGACCCUUUAGGGCGGAACAGCUUCCUGGGGGAGGUGGGCCUGGAUUUGUCUAAGUGGGACUUCAACAACACAGAACUAAAUGAAUACAUCCUCAAAUCCAGGGCUUCAGCACAGACCUCAGCAUGUCCACGGGACAAAGGACAGAUGAGAGUAGGCCUCAGAUUUGUCCCACACACGUCCCACAGUAAGGGCAGCUCCAGACCGGAGGCUGGAGAGCUGCUGAUCUGGGUGAAGGAUUGCAGGAAUCUUCCUCCCAGCAUCAAUCCAUUUGUGAAAUGCACCGUCCUCCCUGACAUGAGCCAGAAGAGCCGACAGCAAACACGCGUGGUGAAGAACACAGCCAACCCCAUGUUCAACCACACCAUGGUGUAUGACGGCUUCCAGCCUGAGGACCUCAAAGAGACGUGUGUGGAACUCACAGUGUGGGAUCACGUCCGACUGAAGAACCACUUCGUAGGUGGUGUGAGACUGGGACCAGGGACAGGGAGGAGCUACGGAGUGGAGGUGGCUUGGAUGGAUUCAGCAGCAAACGAAGUGACUUUAUGGCACCAAAUGUUACGGUCGAACGGCGAAUGGGUGGAGGAUGUUUUACCGCUGAGGAUGUUGGUGAUGGCAAAGAGGAUGUCAAAGUCCUCCUGAAUACAACCAGCUGCCACAACCGGGAGGAGCGCACCAACACACGUUUAAACGGAGCAGCUUCAACAGAGAUGACAGUUCAUUUGUAAACUUUAAUAUAUGUGAAUAAGUAAUUAGAAGCAGGGUGGGCUGGAGUUCCCUUAAGAUAACAGAUUUCUGUUUUACGAGAGUAAAAGAGUAAAUUAUAAAGUUACAAAAUAAAUUUCAACUGAAAACAUUU